GACCAAAAAUAUUAAAAACCAAAACGUUCGAGCCAGCACCAAAGAUUCAAACACUCUACACUAGUCGCGCAUGCGCACUGAUAUCUGCUAUCUCUCUCCCGUGAGAAGCGUGCGCGUGAGUGCCGCUCAUGGACAUCGGAAACACGUGACUAGUUAUGCCAUUGCGGGGAUGAUGCAAUGAGGGGGUGGUCCGCCACCAUGGACAUGUAUUUAAUAAGUUCAAUGACAACUGAAAACUAAGGUUAUGUUCCCGUAAAUAUUGUCAUUUUGUCAAUAAAUGUUACGUACUUGUUUAUUUCGGUGCUUUUGUGCAUAAAUAGAUAAACAAACUGUUACCAGGAAUUUAUGGAUAUGAAGAAAAAAGUCGCGAGUGAUCAUGCAGAAUUUACUUUCACUUAUUUACAAAAGAAACUUAAUGACAUUAUUCUGCCAAAUGCAUAUUGGGGUUACACAGAAGGAAAUGAAAAUUUUUUUGGUCUACAGAAGAUUGAAGACGAUUUUACGAUCAGGAAAAGAAUUGCUGUUUUUCCGGGUAUCCGAAUAAACGUUUAUUUCGACGACGUAAUUAUGCCGUUCUCAGAGUUUUUAAGUAUUGAUAGCUUGGAUAAAUUUACUGCACUUUUAAAGAAAAUUGAUGAAAUUCCAAUAUGAUGAGCCACUCUCAAUUUCCAGUGUCAGUUUGUAUAUAUUUUUACUUCAGUUUAAUAUUUGUAUCACAUCCUUAAUAAAUUUGUCUUCUACGA